GCGGAUAAAUAGCCGGUCGAAAGAAGUGCCUGCCACCCUUGUAAGCCUUCUCUCGGAUAAGGAAGUUAAACUCUGAUAGUCAGUCUCAAGUCGGAGGUAUCACAAAUUGUCAAAAUGUCUUCCAUGUCGGGUAUAAAGAUACUGCCAAAUGUACUAGAGCAGUAUGAAAAGUUGCAGAAAAAGCAUGAAUUAAAGUACAUAAUCUUCAAAAUUGGUACCCCAGAAGGAGGAAAAGAUGAUGUUAUUUAUGUGGAUUGUGCAGAGCCAAGUGCAGAUAAGUCACAAGAGGAGCAUUACGACGACUUUUUAAAAAAGUUACAAGAAAAACCAGGGGAGGGAAGAUAUGCUGUCUUUGACUUCGAUUGUGGUGACAAUGCAGUAAAAAUAGUUUUCAUUGCAUGGGUUCCAGAUGGUAUCAAAGUUAAACAGAAGAUGUUAUAUGCAUCUAGCAAAGAAGCUAUAAAGGCUAAACUCGAUGGAAUCAAGGUUUAUAUUCAAGCAAGUGAUUCCUCUGAGAUUACAGAAGAAGCUGUUAGGGCCAAGUGCUUAGAGAAGUCAUAUCGUUGAACUGUUCUUUUAAAGUGGCUGUGAUCCAGGCACAGUGGGGAAACGUGCCCAGUACCUGGUGCAACGAACAAUGAGACAGACCAUCUUGAACAAAACAAUCAUGCCCAAUAAUACUUCAACUUGAGAAGCAACUGAUAUGUUUCUUCUUUCAAGCUGUUUAUGUUUUCAAAUGUAAGAAUAGAAAUUUUUAUCCAAGACGUUUAUCUUCACCAUGUACUGGUUGUCAACCACUAGCUACUGAUCUUACAAGAUCACGUACAUUAAAUGCUUAGUUGGACUUGGAAAUCAUUCAUUGCAGCCCAAACUUUUUAAUUGCAUCCUCAUUGUUUUUGUGUUGAGUUUGUGAUAUCUAGAUACAUACACAUAAUUUAAGCUAUGACCUUUGGUGAAAUUCCUCUUUUUCAAAUUCCAGAAAUAAAUGUUUAGAAAGUGUUGGCAACCGAUGCCAUCUUGCACAAUUCUCUUUCAAUGAAUCAAUGAAUUGCUAAAUUCUAUAUUUAACUGGACAAUUUGGGUCUUUGCUUCAAGGUACACUGCAAACAUUAGAGAGUUGAGUGUGAGCAUAACUGUAAAGAAAUGCAAUAAACUUGUGGUAUUUGUCUUU